GGUUAGAGAUAAUACCAGGUGAUGGAGAGGAACUACUCGGGUAUGUACAUACACGGAGCCCAUUAAGUGAUGCACACAACACAAGACGCUACAGAUGCGAUGUUAUGAAAGAAAGAGGAAUUACUGCAGGAGAAGCAACUGGCAUGGGAAAGAUGGGGAUUGGUGAAGAACCCUGCAGAAUAAAAGAGGAAGAGACGGAGGAACAAAUAGACCCGAUGAAAGCGAAUGAAGACAGAGCACUUCACAGUCAAACAGAUCAUCAUUUCACAAAUGAGGUUGCCAAAUAUACUCCCACUUUAAAGACUGAAGAGAAUUUAAUCAAAGAAUCUACACUAGAAAGUGAAGUCAAAGCAUCCUUUACUUGCUCCGAUUGUGGAAAGACGCUCAUGAAUAAAUCAUCCUUUAAGAGGCACAUGAGGAUUCACACCGGAGGAAAAGGGUUUACAUGUGCUCAAUGUGGAAAGAGUUUCUCCGCCAAAAGAGAUCUGAGUUAUCACACGCGUGUCCACACCGGAGUGAAAACGUUUACAUGUGCUCAAUGUGGAAAGAGUUACAAUCUCAAAAGAAACUUUAGCGAUCACAUGAGGAUUCACGAUGGACAAAACCCCUUUACCUGCGCUCAAUGUGGAAGGAGCUUUGUUCUGAAAGCAUCCCUGAAUAGACAUCUGAAAAAUCACUCUGAUGAAAAACAAUUCGUGUGCGAUCAGUGUGGAAAGAGUUUUGUUUACAGAGGAGGCUAUGAUGAGCACAUGAGGAUUCACACCGGAGAAAGACCAUUCGCGUGCACUCAAUGUGGGAGGUGUUUCAUUCAGAAAAGAAGCUUCAUUCAACAUCUAAAUGUUCACACUGGAGGAAAACUAUUCGCGUGUGCUCGGUGUGGAAAGAGUUUCAAAACUGAAAGCAGCCUCAAUAGUCAUCAGCGCAUUCACACUGGAGUGAAGCCGUUCAGCUGUGAUCAGUGCGAGAAAACAUUUGUGUCUGCAGCAAACCUAAGAAAGCACUUCGAAGUUCACUCUGGACUGAAGCCUCACUGCUGCUCUUCUUGUGGAAAGAGCUUUUCACGCAUGGAAAAUUUACAGGUUCAUCUGCGCAUUCACACUGGAGAGAGACCGUACACGUGUUCAGACUGCGGGAAGAGCUGUAGUUCAUCAAGCGCGUUGAAAACGCAUCAGAGGAUUCACACUGGAGAGAAACCGUACAAGUGUUCACACUGCGAGAAGAGCUUCGGUUAUUCAUCGGUUUUGAAAGUUCACCAGAGGAUUCACACCGGAGAGAAACCACAUCAGUGCUCACACUGCGAGAAGAGCUUCAGUUAUUCAGGAAACCUGAAAGCUCAUCAGAAAGUUCACUCUGGGAAAAAGCUGCAUCAGUGCUCGUCAUGCGGGAAGAGAUUCUCCAUUUUGUCUAAUCUGCGAUAUCAUGAGAAAAAAAUGUGUGCAAAGUUGUCCAAGUGAUCAAAGUUGCCAUCGACAUAUUUGACAAGAUCAUGUGUGGAUUGCACAGAUAUGCUGUGUGUGUGUGUGUGUGUGUGUGUGUGUGUGUGUGUGUGC